AUGUGGCCCUUCUCCGACCAAGAAAUCCCUACCAUCAGCCUCGAGGAAGCAGGCGUGCAAGGCUACCCAACCGCGCCGCUCGACGCGUACACAUAUGACUAUAUCAUCAUAGGGGGCGGCACCGCCGGGUCUGUUCUCGCCGCGCGACUCACCGAGGACCCAAAUGUAUCCGUGCUCGUGCUCGAGCGCGGCGGCCUUGCAAACGGCUGGAUGGACCGGGUCCCGCUCAUCUCAAGCAACCCGUACCGCGAAGGGGCCCCAGUGGGCCGCUGGUGGACCCGCCCCGUAUUGCCAACCGAGGACCGCGCGAUGGAGGUCGUCUGCGGGGAGGCGCUUGGGGGCACAUCGGCGGUCAACUGCAUGUUCUACACUCGCGGACCGGCCGGGGACUAUAACCGAUGGAAGGAGUUGGGAAACCCCGGAUGGGGAUACGAGGACCUCGAGCCGUACUUCGCAAAGUCCGAAAGUGCGCCCCGGAUUCACGGAACUCACCGCGCUCUGCGUUGCAGCGUCAUCCGCGCGGCACAGAAUGCCGGCAUUCCUUACGCCGAGGACCUCAGCGCUCCCUCCACGCCCGCCGCCGCCUAUGUGCGGCACGACAUCAGUCAGGAUUCCUCCAUGCGCCGGCACACACCCUUUCACGUGUUCCUCUCCCCGAAGGUCGUGCAGGCGUGUCGGCAGCGCCUCAAGAUCUGUCCGCACGCCCUAGUUACGCGCAUCGAAGUCGCAGCACCGAGCGGCGACUCGGAGAUUCCUGCGCAGGCGGUGGGCGUGCAUUUCGAGGCGGCGAACUUUAGGCAGGCCGGAAAGAGCUUCUAUGCGCACGCGCGCAGGGAAGUCGUGCUGUGCGCGGGCGCGCUGGCGUCGCCGCAGAUCCUGAUGUUGAGUGGCAUCGGGCCGAAAGCACACCUCGAAGAGAAGGGCAUUUGGGUCCGUCGCGACUUGCCCGGCGUCGGAAGUUACCUAAAAGACCACGUCGCGGUACCACUCACAUUUGAGGCGCCGAUGAAGGAUUCCCUGCAUGAGCUCGAAACGAGUCCUAUGAAGGUCGUCAAGGAACUCGCGACGUACCUCUGCACUGGACGCGGGAUCUUCUCGUACCCGUUCCAGGCGGUCACGCUCUACGUCGCAUCGUGCCUGCUCGACGACAAGUCGCACAUCUCCGUACCUGUGGGGAGCAACGCGGACGCGCUCAACACGCGCGUACCGGCAAACUGCCCCGACCUCGAGAUCAUGCCAGCCGCGAACAACUGCACGGACCACGACAUUCCGCGCACGGGCGUGUUCACGCUCAUGGCUGCGCAUAUCCGUCCCAAAUCGCAUGGUUCCGUCCGGCUCGCAACGCGCAACCCCCGUACGCGGCCGGACGUCGAGCUCGGGUUCUUCAGCGACCCCGCGGAUAUGCCCACACUUGUAAAGGGACUGCGUCUGGCGAUGCGCCUCGCUGAAGACAUGCGAGGGCAGGGGUACCCAUUGAAGGGCCUCAUAGUCCCAGAGACGCUUGAUUAUGACGCGCUGGACGCGUUCGCACGGAAGAACAUGCGGACGUGCUACCACUAUACGUCGACGUGCCGUAUGGGUGCGGAGGACGAUGUGGAACAUCCGGGGGUAGUGGACGCAAAGCUUCGAGUUCAUGGAGUGCGCGGUUUGCGGGUCUGCGACGCGUCUGUGUUCCCGGAGAUCGUGGGUGCGCAUACGAUGGCGCCUGUCGUCGCCGUAGCAGAAAGAUGUGCGGACCUGAUGAAGGAAUCUGCUCGACAGGCGUAG